AUGAACGAAUACAAGGAUGAUAUUCACAAAACUAUUGAUUAUAAUGAAACUGUUUAUUAAGAGGGGAUGUUUUAAACAACAUAUUCUAAAGUCAAUCAGAAUGCUUAAACUUCCAAUAAUACACUUUUUUCAUCCACUCUAAAUCAAUAUAGAAGAGUCCCCAUAUAAGAAUUAGAUUAAUUAACUUUUAUAAUUCUAGAUUGUGAUUAUAAAUAGAAUACAAAUUAAAUUAGACUGUUUGGUAUUACAGAUAAACAACAAUCUUUAGAAAUUAAGAUAAUAGACUAUUUUCCUUAUUUCUAUAUUUCUUUUCCUUCAAAAUUAGUUAGAGAUGAUAAAGAUAUUGAUUAUUUUUUACUGUAAUUUAAUAAUUAUCUUUAUAAAAAUGGGAUUACCACUGAAUCAUAAGCAAUUAGAGAAAUUACUGUUGUCGAGAGUGAAAUUAUAAGAAAUUAUAAAGGUUAAAAUUAUCAAAAAGAACCUUUUUUAAAAUUAAGUUUUUAAAAUGUAAAUUCAAUGAAAAAAGCAGCUUAACUCAUAGAAAAAGGCUUAAAUCUAAAUGGCCUUUUGUUUGCUAGGUAAACUUAUGAAAAUAAAAUAACAUAUCCAUUAAAAUUUAUGAUUGAUUUAAAUUUAAGAGGCAUGGGAUGGGCAAUGGCUAAAAAUCUGAAAGAGGAUGGAGAGUCAAAUUGUUAAAAAUGUUACAUAGCAAAAACUGAAGAUAUUAGUCCUCAUGAAGAUUAAUAGCAUAUACCAAACUUAAGAAUAAUUAGUCUUGACAUUCAAACAAUUUUUCCAUAAAAAAUAACACUUGAUUCUUCUAAAGAAAUUAUUGUCAUUACUUGUGUAAUAAAAAUCAAUCCGGAAGUGGAGAGACGAAUUGUAUUUACCUAAAACAAAUGCUAAGAAAUAAUUAAUACUAUAAUCAUUUAAUCUGAAAAUGAAAUAGAUUUAUUAAAAUAAUUUAACUAAUUUUUUCUAUCUUUUGAUCCUGAUGUUAUUACAGGUUACAAUCUACAUGAUGAGAUAUUACCUUUAAUUAUGUAAAGAUCAAGAACUUUGGGACUUAAUUCUCAGUAUUUGAAUUAUGGCAGAUCAAAAAAUGAGGAAAGUCUAAUAUCUAAUGGUAGAUUCUUUAGUACUGUAAUGAGAAUGAGAGAAACCAAAUUUGUUGAAACAAAUGGUAGAAUUCAAUUAGAUACUUUGAUUUGUAUGUUGAGAGACACAAAAAUAUCUUAGUAUUCGCUUGGAAGUAUUUAUUAUUCGCUUUUUAAUCAAUAAAUAGAAAUAUACGAUUAAGAAACUAUCUUAUAAUUAUAUGAAUAAAACAAUAUUAAAAGAAUAUCUACAUAUAGUUUAAGAAAGUCAGAAGCUUGUUUAGAAGUAUUGCUUUAUAAAGGAUGGAUUUACACAUAUGCAGAAAUUUCAAAAGUUACUGGAGUACCAAUUGACUACAUUAUAUAGAGAGGUCAAUCGAUUAAAGUUUUGUCAUAAUUACUUCGAUAGACCAAAAAAGAUGGUUAUUUGGUUCCUGAUGAAAAUCAUCUUAUAAAGCCAGAUACAACUAAUUUAAAAGGAGCUUUGGUUUUAGAACCUAAAAAAGGUUUUUAUAAGAUACCAUUAGCUCUCUUUGAUUUUGUAUCCUUGUACCCAAGUAUAAUCAUAGCUUAUAACAUGUGCUACACAACAAUAAUUAAAGAUUAUUCUAUCAAGUUAAAUGAAGAUGAUUACCAUAUCAUUCCAGAAUUUGGGCAUAAAUUUGUUAAAUAGCAUAUAAAAAAGGGAAUAUUGCCAUAAAUUUUAGAGAAUUUGUUAGCAAAGAGAGCAGUAACAAAACAAGAAUUAAAGUAGGAAGAAGACAAGUAAAAGAAAAGUCUAUUGGAUGCUAGAUAGCAAGCAUUAAAAAUCGCAGCCAAUUCAAUCUUUGGAUUUACUGGCUGUGCUGAACAUGGGUAUCUUCCCUGUUUAGAAAUCACGUAAUCUAUACUCAGGGUAGGAAGAGCCAUAUUAUAAAAUUCGAUAUCUAUUAUUAAUAACAAUUAUCCUAAUGCAGAAAUCUUAUAUGGAGACACAGAUUCAUUAUUAAUAAAUUUCAAAAUUUAAAAUUUAAGUGAUGUAUUUAAUAUCUCAAUUGAGGCAUCUAAUCUAGUAACUAGCUCUUUUCCAAAGCCAAUAAGACUUUCCUUUGAGAAAAUGUACAACCCAUUUUUGUUGGUCUGUAAAAAACGUUAUGUUGGAUUACCUUGGAAGAAUGAAUUGGUAACUGAUAAGAUUGAGUAAAAAGGAAUUUGUACAGUUAGGAGAGACAAUACUUAAUUCUUAAAAGAUCUGUUGAAUUAGGUGUUACAUGAGAUACUAAUUGAAUAAAAUAAUAAAAAAGCUGUCAGCAUUGUGAAAGAAAAGAUUCAAUAACUCUUAAAUGGGGAAAUAAACAUUUCAAAUUUAAUCAUAUCGAAAUCUUUAUCGAUAAAAAUACAAGUGCCAGAUUUUGUUGAUGAGGAUUUAAUAAAUAAAGAGGAAGAAUUUCAUUCAUAUCCAGAUAAGUAUCAUGAUACAAGCGACUUUAGGAAAUAACCACAUGUCAAAGUUGCCUAAGAAAAAGUAAAAAAUAAAUAAAUUAAUACAUUUCAAAAAGGCGAUAGAAUAUCUUAUGUUAUUGUAGAGAAUAUACCUGGGUAACAAUUAUCAGAAAAUGCCUAAGAUCCGUUAGAGGCCUUUAAAAAUAACUAUAAAUUAAAUAUUUAGUACUACAUUAACUAAAUAAAAAUACCCAUCAUCCAUAUUUUAGAACACAUAAUACCAAAUCCAGAAGCCUUAUUUAAUUUGAAUUAAUAUUAAUCUGUUCCUAAAAAAUCUUUCUGCAAUGUAGUUCAAAACAAUGGUUCUAAAAAGGCUCUAAACAAAUAUUUAAAGAAGAAAAUUACUUGUGUAAAUUGCAGAGACGAAGUUCCCAUAAAUAAACCAAUUUGUUUCAAUUGCAGAUCUCAAUAGUCUGAAAUACUAUUUAAGAUAUCUCAAGUAUAUCUUAAAUUAUAUUAUUUAGCAACUUAUUAAUUCUCAAAAUCGCUUUUAGAAAUAUAACAUGACUUGUCAAUAAUGUUAGUAAAGUUAAUUUGAUUAAGUAAUUUGCAAAAACGAGGAAUGCCAUACAUACUAUAAAAGAAACCAAGAAUAAAUAGUCCUUCAGAAUGUUUGGGAUAAAUACGAAUAAAUAUUUAAUUGCUAGUGGUGA